AUGACGGCAGAGGCAGAAGCGGCUGACGAGGAGAGACAGAAUCUUUGCCUUGAAGUCCUGCAGCUCUACGGCGAUCCGGAGGUCUUUGGACUCUGCAGCUCUUUGAGCCAGGAGAGGCGGCGACAUUUCUUGUCGAGCUUUCAAGACUUCCUGGAGGAUAAGUACCGAGACCUAUUCCUGCUAGCGACCAGUCGCCUGAGAGGCCACCCAGUGUUGGGCAAACCUGACGUGAAAGCCUCAAAAACACCUGGAUUUGAACCUUCCAUCGCCACAAUUCGCCGAUGUCGACGUGGAUCUCCGCAAUCUGUGCUGUACCCUCCAGGCGCCUUUGGCAUCACAAGGCCUUUACAGGCGCUUCGGAACGGUGCCCGGCGAGAAGAGGUUGUCGGAGCUGAAGAGCCUCGAAUGUGA